GACAAAGGGGAAAGGAGUGGCAGACUGCUGUUGCUCAUCACACGUUCACAGUAAUUCUGAUUCUGAUAGUUCAGGUGUUGGUUAAAACUAAUAAGAUCAUAAAACUUCAAAAUAAGUAAGAGGCGACGGUCCUGUAGGUCUAAGAGAACAACGCUGGUGGAGAUUGUGAUUUAAAGACUGACAUCAUUAGAGGAGAAGAAUGGAAUCAAAAAUGGAGGCAGAUUUUCACUGUCCUGUGUGUUUUGACAUCUUCAAAGAUCCGCUCAUUCUGACCUGCACUCACAGCAUCUGUAAAGCCUGUCUGCAACAGUUCUGGGCCAGCAAACCAUCCAGAGAGUGUCCAGUCUGCAGGACGAUAUCUUCACAAGACGAACCUCUAACUAAUCUGACGUUAAAGAAUCUGUGUGAGACUUUACUAAAGGAGAGGAGUCAGACAGCUUUGGCAGGGAGUGAGAUACGCUGCAAUCUUCACAAUAAGAGACUCAAGGUCUUCUGCCUGCAGGACAGACAGCCUGUGUGUCUGCUAUGUCGAGACUCAAAACAGCACUUUAACCACAGCUUCUGUCUCCUGGAGGAUGUGGCACUUGAACAUAAGGGUAAGCUGAAGAUUAAACUAAAGCCCAUAGAAAAGAAGCUGAAAGCCUUUGAAGAAGCAAAGAUGAUAUGUAACAAAACAGCUGAGAAGAUUAAGAGUCAGGUCCAACACACAGAGAAGCAGAUCAAGGAGGAGUUUGAGGAG